AUGUCGUUUCCUCACAAUUUCACAAUUCUAAUAGGCUGCCUUCUGGUUAUCCUGGGAUGUCUUUUUGGAGCAGGUCAAGCUCAAAACGAUCCUGAAUUCACGUAUAAAGGCUGUCAAAUGCUCGCGAUCUUUGGCAACCAAUCGGUCGAUAUAAACACCAAAAACCGAAAUUUGCCCGCACUCGUUGAGUUCUAUGAGAAGUACUCCAAUCGCCUACAACUAAAUGCUCAAGAACGUUCUUAUGCCAACAAUGUGGAGAGGAGAUGUAGGACCCAUACCCAGAGAGUGGAUGGUGUGCCUGCUCAGGGAGGAUUCUGGCUUGUAAUACCUUUGGUCCUUCCCUUUGUGGUGUCGAUUGUGGAAGGUAUUGCUAAGGCCAUCGCCCAGUAA